CACCAAUACUUCCCAGAACCAAGAGUCUCAUCGUUGUUAUUAUUGUGGACGAACUAGACAUCUUAUAGCCAAAUAUAGAACAAGACAAGCAGAGCAAAAAUCUAGAGAUGAUCGAAGAGAUGAUAGAAGAGAUAAUUAUAGAAGAGAUGAUUACAGAAAAGAUGAACGUAGAAGAUCUCGUUCCCAUAGCC